AUGGGAAAUAAGACAAGAAAAUCAAAGGCAAAAGCUUGCCUAUUUGCAGUUGUAUCUCAAAUUAUCUUCGUGCGAAUAAUGUUCCUCAAAAUAGCAAAGGAAAUCUGGGAUUAUCUCAAGGCUAAAUAUGAAGAAGAUGAGAGGAUUCGUAGAAUGAAAGUCCUGAAUUUGAUUAGGAAUUUCGAGUUGCAGAAGAUGAAGGAGUCGGAGUCGGUGAAAGAGUACUCUAACAGACUUCUCAGCAUUGCCAAUAAGUUACUUGAUAAAGGCUAUAAAGUGUUGUUUGAGAAUAAGCAGUGCUUAAUCAAAGAUGCUAGUGACAAAGACUUGUUCAAUGUCAAAAUGAAAGGAAAAAGCUUUGCUCUAAAUCCGAUGGAGAAAGAGCAGAUGACCUUUAUAUCCAGAGCUAGUGUCACUGAGAUUUGGCACAAAAGACUUGAGCACUUUCAUCAUCGAGGUUUGCUUGAGAUGCAGUCAAAGAAGCUAGUAGGACUCGCUCACAUUGAUGAUGACAUGCCUCCUUGUCGUGCUUGUAAUUUUGAAUCAAGCGAAAGAUGGUUGAUUGAUAGUGGGUGCACAAAUCAUAUGACAUAUGACAAGGAGUUUUUUGAGAAAUUAAGAGACACUGAAGUCAAGAGAGUGAGGAUUGACGAUGGUAAACACUUGGAAGUCGAAGGAAAAGGCACAGUAGCUAUAACAAGUUAUGAAGGCUAUAAAGUGUUGUUUGAGAAUAAGCAGUGCUUAAUCAAAGAUGCUAGUGACAAAGACUUGUUCAAUGUCAAAAUGAAAGGAAAAAGCUUUGCUCUAAAUCCGAUGGAGAAAGAGCAGAUGACCUUUAUAUCCAGAGCUAGUGUCACUGAGAUUUGGCACAAAAGACUUGAGCACUUUCAUCAUCGAGGUUUGCUUGAGAUGCAGUCAAAGAAGCUAGUAGGACUCGCUCACAUUGAUGAUGACAUGCCUCCUUGUCGUGCUUGUAAUUUUGGCUAUAAAGUGUUGUUUGAGAAUAAGCAGUGCUUAAUCAAAGAUGCUAGUGACAAAGACUUGUUCAAUGUCAAAAUGAAAGGAAAAAGCUUUGCUCUAAAUCCGAUGGAGAAAGAGCAGAUGACCUUUAUAUCCAGAGCUAGUGUCACUGAGAUUUGGCACAAAAGACUUGAGCACUUUCAUCAUCGAGGUUUGCUUGAGAUGCAGUCAAAGAAGCUAGUAGGACUCGCUCACAUUGAUGAUGACAUGCCUCCUUGUCGUGCUUGUAAUUUUGGUAAGCAACAUAGAAAACCCUUUCCUAAACAGAAUGUGUUGGAUCUUCUGCUGAAGCAAAAGUUAGAAGUUGCGGGUGUAUUUUGGAAAUUCAAAGCAAGAGUUGAGAAUGAAAGUGCGUGCUUGAUUCAGACUAUAAGAUCAGAUAAUGGCAAGAAGUACACUUUCGAAACUUUUAAUAGGUUUUGUGAAGAAGUUGGAAUUGAACAUCAGUUGACAGCACCAUACACUCCUCAACAGAAUGAUGUCAAUGAAAGGAGGAAUAGAUUCGUAAUGGAGAUGACGAGAUGCAUGCUUCAUGAGAAGAAUCUUCCAAAACGUUCUUGGGGAAAAGUAGCAACCACUGUUGUGUGCUUGCAAAAUCGAAUUUCAACAAAAGCUGUGAAGAACCUGGCAUCGUUUGAAGUUUGGUAUGGCUACAAAUCUUCUUUAAAGUUCCUUAGAGUAUUUUGGUGUCUUUGCUUCACUUACAUUCCACAGGUCAAGUGUGAUAAGCUUGAUAAAAAGGCAAAAGCUAGCAUCUUUGUUGGGUAUAACACUAUAUCCAAAACUUACAGAGUUUUUCAACCACACACUAGUCGUGUUAUUGCGAGUCGAGAUGUUCAUUUUGCUGAAAAUGAGCAAUGGAAUUGGGAAGAACUGACGAAGGUGAAUCAGAUUUCUAAUGCACCAAACAAUUUUAUUUUUGAGGAGAAGCUUUCAGAGAUCGAGAAAAACAAAACCAGGAAAUUGGUUGAUCGACCUCUAAACAGAAAGAUAAUUGAAGUAAGAUGGAUGUUCAGGAAAAAGCUUGGAGUUCACAACAUCUAA